AUGGCGUACAACCAAUCUUACAACCCAGAUGCGUUGCCAGCACAUGCAGAGCCCGAACAGGUAGCUCAGAUGAUCGGUGCGAUGCAAACCGGCCCUCAGCAUCAUCAGCAUCAGACCAUUGCCCGCACCGGCUGCAAGCCAACACCGGACUCAUCCACUGCACCCAUCACCGCCUCCACAGAACUAUGGGUUUGGACCACCUCCUUCCCAGCCUGUGCGCAAUCGGCCCCAGCCCUCGUCCCGGCCCCCACGGUCUCCAAACCGCCUCCGUUGUCUGUCCCUGAUGACGAUCCGCAACAGCUCUUCCCCUUGUUUCGCGCCGCCAACUCAUCCCACACCGGUUCACUGACCGAGAUGGAGCUGGGCUCCGCUUUGGUGAAUGGCGAUUUCACUUCGUUUCACCCUAAGACCGUGAAGAUGAUGAUCCGCAUGUUUGACCGCAAUAGCACUGGAACGAUCUCGUUCGACGAGUUUGUAUCGCUAUGGCGCUACCUUGCCGCGUGGCGGGAGCUUUUCGAUCGAUUCGAUGUCGACCGUAGCGGGCGCAUCAGCCUUCAGGAGUUCGAGAACGCACUCCUCGCAUUCGGAUACCGACUAAGCCAACCGUUUGUGACGGUGCUUUUCACCACGUUUGAAAGCAAGGGACGGCAGACGAAUGGACCUGCUCACCCUGGGAAGAUGGGAAUGAGCUUCGACCUGUUUGUGCAGGCAUGUAUCAGUCUGAGACGUAUGACAGACGUGUUCAAGCGGUAUGACGAUGACCGCGAUGGUUACAUUACUGUGAGCUUUGAGGAGUUCUUAACUGAAAUCCUGCAACUACAGGACUAG